GCAACCACUCGUAAGACUUUCGUUCACUGUUAGGUUGAUUAAAGGUCAGUGUACCGGUGAUCAGAGUACCCUCGCAGUGACUGUACUGGUUAAACUGGUCAUACCGGUUAUCAUAAAAUGUGUAUUUCGACAAGAAUGAUCGCGUUGUUGUCGGCGUCAGUAAGUUUUUUCUAGGCGACUUGCAAAUUUAAGUCCCUCGACGAAACAUGACUUGGCAGUUUCUACGGAAAAUGCGAUCGCCGUAAUCAUAUCCCAGGUCGCCGACGAGCGAGGUAAAGGGGGAAAAUAGAGUGACGGUGCAUCUAAGACGGACUGGGUGAGGCACCUUUGUUCACUCCGGACUUCAGCGACGUAGGGGUCUGAGUUUGAGGAGAAAGGAAAUAGUACGUUCGGGAAUUUCACAGCACGUAUAUUCGAAUCAUCCAUCCAUCCAUCUAUUCGCCCAGCAACAGAUACAGCUAAGGCAGAGGAAGAGGACGCACUGAGAUAACUCAAGUGAAAAAGCGAUCUGCAUCGGCAUCAAUGGGGCGCUACACUGGGAGGACGUGCCGUCUGAUUUUCAUGAUCGUUCUCACAGUGGCGUUUUUCUUUGCAGAGAUUAUCGCCGGAUAUAUGGGAAACUCCAUAGCACUGGUGUCGGAUGCGUACAACAUGCUGUCGGACCUUCUGUCGCUCAUCGUGGGUCUGACGUCUACCCGCCUGUCACGCCGCCCCCCGUCCGGCCGCAGCACCUACGGGCUGCCCAGGGCUGAGGUGGUCGGCGCGUUGGCUAAUGCCGUCUUCCUGGCUGCACUUUGCUUCUCCGUUUCACUUCAAGCCCUACAGGGGCUGGCCGAUCCGGACAUAAUUUUCGACCCUCUGCUGGUGCUGAUCGUAGGCGGGCUGGGUCUGCUAGUCAACGUGGUCGGCCUGUUUAUAUUCCAAGACUUCAGCUGCUGUCGCCGUGGGAAAGAGCGGCGACGACAAGGAAGCCAUGAAGGGGCUCCGCAAGAAAGCGAAACGAAAGACGAGGAGAGCGAAGCAGGUGCCCCGGUUCUGGAUGACGGCAUCAUCGAACAGAAGGGAGAGGAAAAAAGGAGCCAGCCGCUCAAUAUCCGAGGAGUCCUGCUCCAUGUCCUGAAUGAUGCUCUCGGCUCCGUGGUAGUCGUAGUCACCUCGGCACUAUUCUACGCGCUUCCGCUGGAGAAAAAAGAGCAGUGCAACUGGCAGUGCUACCUGGACCCUUUGCUCACCUUGCUCAUGGUGGUAAUUAUCAUGACCUCUGCCAUGCCCUUGUUCAAGGAGACCACGAGCAUCUUGCUGCAGAUGAGCCCCGCUGAUUUGCCACUCAGCGCCAUCUUGGAGGACAUCUCCAGGAUCCAUGGGGUCUGGGGCGUCCACGAGAUGCACGUUUGGGAGCUGAUUCAGGGCCGGAACGUGGCCACCCUCCACAUCAAGUGUGCGGACACAACCGCGUUCAACACGCUCUCCCAGCAGGUCCGGAAGAUCUUCCACCAGGCCGGGGUACACAGCGUCACCAUCCAGCCUGAGUUUGAGCAGGGGUGUGAGCAAAAGGCACUCUGUAGCACCCCCUGCCUGUCAGCUGCAUGUCGGGAGCAGUCCUGCUGCCAAGCACCCCCCUCGCCCCAAUCUUUUCAGAAUGGCCACCUGCCUGUGCCUCUUGUGGAGGCAUCUGAGGUUCCCCUUCAGGACAUGAUGAAUGAGCACCCCCCAGUGGCCAAAGAGACACACAACAGCACCAAAUUAUAAAUAUGUGUAGGGAAAACUGGAAAGUGUCUACAAAAAUGCCUCUUCAUUGAAACUGCUGCACCAAAAGUGCCUCUUCCCCUUACGGACUUGUUUUGCACCACGGACCAAUCACGGUUACUCUAAGUUCUCAUACGUUCCACUCCUCCAGGGCACAGACUGUCAAACCCAGUGAACAGCAGAAUACCAAAUUCAGAGUAGCUGCUAGGAGGAACCGUUCAGUCAGUGGGCACCGAGUGCCCAAGCAAAGGGAAUCUGAACGGCCCCAUGGCAAACCAAAUCCCCUCUGCCACACCAUCACCUCAGUUACUGUGCUGUUCAUUCGAACGACCACAUGCACUCGAACCAGGUGCAAGCACUGCCGAAUCCCAUCACCCGCGUGCAAUAAUGAUUCAUGUUUUGUCUUUGUGGAAUGUUUAGUCAAUUAUCCUAUGAAGCUAACUGAUUUAGAAAAAAUAUGUGAGCGACGUUAGGGUGUCUGGGCUGUAAAGGUCACCCAGAGAAAGCAGACGUGCAGCAGUACUUGGUGGGUUGCCAAGCACAUGUUGCUAAAUAACAGCCAGCUGGCCAGAAGCCCCAUCUAAAAAGAAGUGAUGUUUUGCCACAAGUGCUUGAAGUAGAUCAGUAACAGAUCUGAGCUAAUUAACUCCCCCAUGGACUGUGUGCAGUGGAAAAUACUCUUAAUCAAAUGAUAAAAUUGGUUUGACUUGAGCACUUUGAUUUUUUAAAAAUAAGACACCUCCAUGAAAACAUGA